CCAUCCGACACCAAUGUAUUAUGCCAUUAGCUAUAUGAGUAAAUACAGAAUGAAGCUCCCGCCGCCUGUUCGUCGGCCGUGCCUGCACGUAGGGCGUUAGCCCUGCAUGCUCACAGUCGCCGUGCGCGUCAUACUCCCCUGUACCCGUCUGCUUGCCCACCCGCCGACCCGUUCGCUUAUGCGCCUCUGUUCGUCAACUGUGUCUACAUGCCAUUUGCCAUGCGCGCUUGCAGUCGGCGUACACACCGUGCUUCAUGCCGCUGGGUCCUGUUCCUGCAGUUAGCAUGCCCGCUCGCACAUGUCUGCACUCGCCCGUCUGCACUCACCCCACGCGCUCGCUCGACUGCCCACCUGCCAUACCUUUGGUUGCUACUGUCUUGAUUACUCGCGAACGGAUGCUGGCCGUGACCUCCUUCGUUCCCUGCAUGGCCAUCGGGGUCCUUGAUGCUCCUGGUGCGUUGCGGAAGCACGUUGCGACUGUGCGCCGCGAAAUUUUAGGGCCAGCAUUUUCAUCUGUAUGUUUGCUCA